GUAAAAUUAAAUAAUCUAUAAUAAUGUACGGAGCGAUACGUAGAAGAAAUUUAUUUUAUAAUAAUGAUUUAUAUUUUAAAAAUAUGAGCAUUUAUAAUAAUAAUAAUAAUGAAGGUGAAGAGUGUCUUCAAGUUGCUACAAACGUAACAGAACAAAAACAUCAUAUCACACGUGAAAUACGUGGUAAAAAUUUAGGUGUUUGCCGUGGUUUUCGUGGUUGUACAGUAUGGUUAACUGGUUUAAGUGGAGCUGGUAAAACAUCAAUAGGUUUUGAACUUGAAGCAUAUUUAGUUUCAAGAGGUAUACCAGCUUAUGGUUUAGAUGGUGAUAAUAUUAGAACGGGUUUAAAUAAAAAUUUGGGUUUUACACCACAAGAUCGUGAAGAAAAUAUUCGUAGAGUAGCUGAAGUAGCAAAAUUAUUUGCAGAUAGUGGUGUUGUUGCAAUAUGUAGUUUUGUAUCACCAUUUGCUGAUGAUCGUGCAAUGGCUAGAAAAAUACAUAAAGAUGGUGACUUAAAAUUCUAUGAAAUAUUUGUUGAUACACCAUUAUCAGUAUGUGAAUCUCGUGAUGUUAAAGGAUUAUAUAAAAAAGCUCGUGAAGGUAAAAUUCAAGGAUUUACUGGUGUAACACAGGAAUAUGAAAAACCUGAAUGCCCCGAUUUAAUAGUUAAUACUGAAGGUUUCACAAUUAGAGAAAGUACUAAUUUAGUUAUAAAAAUGUUAGAAGAUGAAGGAAUUAUUCCAAAAACUUUAAGGGAUAUUGAAAAUAUACCAGAAUUAUUUGUUGCACCAACAAGAAAAUUAGCAGCUAUACAUGAAUCAAAAUCAUUACCGAAAAUUCCAAUAACAACAGUUGAAUUACAAUGGUUACAAAUAUUGUCCGAGGGUUGGGCAUUUCCACUAAGGGGUUUCAUGAGAAAACAUGAAUAUUUACAAACAAUACAUUUUGAUUGUAUAAUAGCAGAAGAUGGAGUUUUUAGGGAUAAUCAGUCUGUGCCUAUUGUAUUAUCUGUCGAUGAAGAUCGAAAAGUAGAAUAUGAGGAUGCUAGUGCCUUAACAUUGACCUACAAUGAUAAUCCUGUAGCGAUAUUAAGAAAACCUGAAUUCUUCUAUAAUAGAAAAGAAGAAAGAUGUUCUAGACAAUUUGGUACAAGUAAUCCGUCCCAUCCUUAUAUUAAUAUGAUUCAAGAAUCUGGAGAGUACUAUGUUGGUGGUGAUUUAGAAGUUUUUGAACGAAUCAAAUGGAAUGAUGGAUUAGAUCAAUAUAGAUUAACACCAAAUGAAUUAAGAAGAAAAUUUAUUGAAAUGGGUGCUGAUGCAGUGUUUGCAUUCCAGUUACGUAAUCCAAUUCACAAUGGACAUGCAUUAUUGAUGCAAGAUUGUAGAAGGCAAUUAUUAGAAAGAGGUUAUAAAAGACCAGUUUUACUUUUACAUCCUUUAGGUGGUUGGACUAAAGAUGAUGAUGUUCCAUUACCAAUUCGUAUGGCACAACAUCAAGCCGUUUUAGAUGCUGGAAUAUUAAAUCGUGAAGAAACAGUUUUAGCAAUAUUCCCAUCACCUAUGAUGUAUGCUGGUCCAACAGAAGUUCAGUGGCAUGCAAAAGCUAGAAUGAACGCUGGUGCCAGUUUUUAUAUUGUUGGUCGUGAUCCAGCUGGUAUGCCACAUCCAGAUAAAGAAAUGUAUCCAGAUGGAAAUUUAUAUGAUGCAGCUGAUGGUUCCUUAGUUUUAAAAAUGGCACCUGGUUUAGAUAAUAUUGAAAUUCUUCCAUUCCGAGUGGCGGCAUAUGAUAAAACUCAAUCAAAAAUGUCAUUCUUUGAUCCAACACGUAAACAAGAUUUUGAAUUUAUAUCUGGUACUAAAAUGCGUACUAUAGCAAGAAAUGGUGGAAAUCCACCAGAUGGAUUUAUGGAACCGAAAGCUUGGCAAAUUUUAUCAAAAUAUUAUCAAUCAUUAACAACUGAUUAAAAAAUGUAUUUUAAUUUUUUUUUUUGUUUUUUUUUUUUAAUACAUAAUGUAUAGUAAACAAAUAUAAUAUUAUGUUUAUUAAAUAUUAUAAUUUAAAUUUAGUAAAAUGUAAUUGUUAAAUGAACCAAUUUAAUUGAAGUAUGUAAUUAAUUAAUUAAUUUUUUUUUUUGCUACAAAGGAAUUAAGAAUUGUAUAAAGUUUUUUUGUUAUAGACAAAUUAUCCUUUCAGUGAUUAGGAUUGAAUCUUAUAUUUUUUUUUUUACUGAGUUCAUUAUUUUAUUUUAAUAAAAGAAGUAUGUGUUAUAUUGAAAAAACAAAAUUGUAUUUAAGAUAAAAAAUUAAUUUAAUAUCUUUAACUUUUUACACAUAUUUUAAUGAUUACAUUGGUUAUAUGUAGGAUAAAUAUAUAUAUAAAAUAAUGUAAAUUCAUUUUUUUUAUUGCUUUUAAACAAUGUUAACAUUUUUAUUUUAAAUUUGUAAUGUUCUGUUCUGUAAUAUGAUAUUUAAAAACGAAAAAACAAUAAAAAUAAUUUUUUUUUCUUAAAUCAUAAUAGUAACAAUAUUGAAGGAUAAAUUAAUAUUUGGCAAGAAGCCCUAGAUUUUCCUUUCUAAUCUAAUUCAAAUACAAAUUAUAGUGAAAAAAGAAGAAGAAGUAGAAUUAAAAUGCUAAGAUUUAGAAAACGCGAGAUAAAUAAAGGGCAAUUUACACAGCUGCAUAUGAAUCAAAAAUAGAAGCACAAUAGAAGAAAAUAAAAAUUUAAUGUAAAAACUCAAAAAUAGCAAAAAUAUAAAUUUUUAUAUAAUAAUAAUCUUAGUAAUACAGAAAUAUGAACCAAUAAAAUAUGUUUAAAAUUCGUUUUUUGCAAAAUUAAAUCUUCCAUCAGCAAAUUAUUAGUAAUGUAGUCAACGGGGGCUUUGCAAUAGAAGUAAACUUUGAAAUUAAAAAUAAAAUUUUUCUGAUCUUUAAAAUUAUUUCUGUUAUUUGGUUUUUCAUUUUUUUAAUUAUAAUAGUUGAAAGAUUGUAUAGAAUAAAUAGAAGUUAUAUUUCUAAUUUGAAACUAUUUUCAGUAUAAUAAAAACUAGAGAAAUGUUUUGUUUUUAUUAAUGUUUCUGAGAAUAUUUCAUUAUGAUAAGGAAUAAAUGUAUGCAUUUGCGAAUUUUCAUAAUUACAAAUUUUCUCAAAAUAUUUUUUUUUUUUUUACACAAGACAAUCAUUUAUGU